AUGGGUGACAGAAGAUUCAUUGACUUCCAAUUCCAAGAUUUAAAUUCAAACCUCAGACCCAGGUUGGGCAAUUCUACUGCCAAUAAUACUUGCAUUGUUGAUGAUUCUUUCAAGUAUAAUCUGAAUGGUGCUGUCUACAGUGUUGUAUUCAUCCUGGGUUUGAUAACCAACAGUGCCUCUCUGUUUGUCUUCUGCUUCCGCAUGAAAAUGAGAAGUGAGACGGCUAUUUUCAUCACCAAUCUGGCCCUCUCUGAUUUGCUCUUUGUCUGCACUCUACCUUUCAAAAUAUUUUACAAUUUCAACCGCCACUGGCCUUUUGGUGAUACCCUCUGCAAGAUCUCUGGGACUGCAUUCCUAACCAACAUCUAUGGGAGCAUGCUCUUCCUUACCUGUAUUAGUGUGGAUCGUUUCCUGGCCAUUGUCUAUCCCUUCCGAUCCCGUACCAUUAGGACCAGGAGGAAUUCUGCCAUUGUGUGUGCUGGAGUCUGGAUCCUAGUCCUCAGUGGUGGUAUUUCAGCCUCUUUAUUCUCCACCACUAAUGUCAACAAUGCAACUACCACCUGCUUUGAGGGCUUCUCCAAACGUGUAUGGAAGACGUAUCUGUCCAAGAUAACCAUAUUUAUUGAAGUUGUUGGUUUUAUCAUUCCUUUGAUACUGAAUGUCUCUUGCUCUUCUGUGGUGCUAAAAACCCUCCGUAAGCCUGCUACAUUGUCUCAAAUUGGGACUAAUAAGAAAAAAGUGCUGAAGAUGAUUACAGUGCAUAUGGCAGUCUUUGUGGUAUGCUUUGUACCCUAUAACUCUGUUCUCUUCCUGUAUGCCCUGGUGCGCUCCCAAGCCAUUACCAAUUGCUUGUUGGAAAGAUUUGCAAAGAUUAUGUAUCCAAUCACCUUGUGCCUUGCAACUCUAAACUGUUGCUUUGACCCUUUCAUCUAUUACUUCACCCUUGAGUCCUUUCAGAAGUCCUUCUAUAUCAAUACCCAUAUCAAGAUGGAGUCUCUGUUUAAGACUGAAACACCUCUGACCACAAAGCCUUCCCUUCCAGCUAUUCAAGAGGAAGUUAGUGAUCAAACAACACAUAAUGGUGGUGAAUUAAUGCUAGAAUCCACCUUCUAG